CAUUGAAAUUUUUAGCGUUUCAAUAUUUAAAUUAUUUGAACAAUAAAUAAUUUGGUUACUAGUAACAAAAAUAAUGAUGCUGCAGAAAUCGUCGACUUACGGAAAUCUUUGAGAGAGAUGCAUCCGCCUCUUCAAUUUGUAAUUUCCAUAUACGAUCCUGCGACAACGCUUAAGACUUCCGCCAUGGUACGACAAGAAGCCAUUGCUCGGAUUAUCGCAGCUGUUAAAGAGGUAUCGUGUUUAUGAAGAAAUAUUAAAAAGUUGUCGGGUUAACAGAAAAAGUUCCCACAUUUUUAAGGUGGACGGCGUAGAGAUGAACGUGACGGUGGGUUCUAAAGAACGUCUUUAUAACUUUGUCAAAAGCUUGAAGGAUGAAAUGAUCCGAAAAUCUUACGACAAGAGGAUCCUUGUGGCUUUACCUAGUAAACCGGAAGAUUUAGCUAAGCAGUUCAAUCUGAAGGAACUCGCAAAGUAUGUCGAUCUUUUUACACUACCAACGGAUUAUUUGACGGACAAAGAUGGAGCUUUCGUUACUUUUCACCCCUCGCGUUUAAUGGGACUUUUCGACAUGCUGAACUCGGAUAGUAUGGUAGAUUUAAUAAGUGAAUUAGGAGCACCCAAGCGGAAGAUCUUGAUGACCUUGCCGGCCAAUGCAUAUAAAUUCACUUUGAAAGAAGAGACUGACAAUACUCCUAGAUCACAGACCACGGAAAAAGAUCCUACACCUAUCGAUCGUAAAGAACUCUGCGAAGCUAUUAAUAGCGGGGAGUGGACCGUGGAACGAGAUGAGGAUCUCACGGCGCCGUACGCGUUUCAAAACAAAACGUGGAUAGCUUUCGAGGAUAAGAUUUCAGUUGGAAUAAAGGGAAAAUACGCGCUGCUGCGAGAUUUGGCAGGGCUGGCAGUGCGAAAUAUAGAAAGCGAUAUGAAGACCGAGUGCGAGAGAUCACUCACGCAAGAAAUUUAUCAUUCUUUCACGGAGUUCAAAAGAAAAUCGAGACAAGCCGUACUCAAUGCGUUGGAAGACGAACUUCAUCAAACUCAAUUUUCGUAUCCAACUCAAGCGAAAACGUCCAGCUUCCGCGUCGUUCGCGUAGUAGAUACGGAGGGACAUAUCAGAGCUGUACGCGAAAACACGCAAACCGAAUUUGUCUGUAGAAGACAAGGCUACUUUGUCCAUCCCAAAAGUUGCAACAGAUUUUAUCGAUGCGUAAAAUUCAAUCAAGCUGUGGAAGACUAUUCUGUCUUUGAAUUCGACUGUCCAGCCGGUUUAUCUUUCGACGAGCGCACGGAGGUUUGCGUUUGGCCAGGUUCUUUACCUCAAGGCUCACCAUGUCCUGGUAGCAGCGAGAUUGCCCCUGUUGCACCGAAAAGAUUUGAAUGCUCCAGACCUGGCUACUAUGCGGAUCCAGGAAAUUGUCGUUGGUUCUUUGCUUGCAUGGAUUUAGGUGGACCGGAAUUAAUGGCAUUCGAAUUUCGCUGUCCGUAUGGCUUGGUAUUUGACGAGAAAAAAUUAGUGUGCGAAUGGCCUUGGUUAGUUCCAGCUUGCUCAGAAUCUGGAUCGAGCUAUACCAGAACAGAAUACGAUUAUGGGGGACACACUGCGGGAAUCUCUGCUGGAAUCGGUGCUGGUGGUUAUGUCACUGAUGGUUUACCCGAAUACUCUGCCACAGCUGGAACAGGCUAUUCUAACACAGAUUAUUUCAAAACAACUAGUAGCAGUACUCAUGGAGUAAGCUACUUUGGAGGAUCAACGGCAGAAUAUAUCGAUGAACAUGCUGGUAUCUCGAAUUUUAAUGGUAAAACAGUCUCUGCAAACGUAGGAUUCUCUGGUUCAGCUGGUGUUGAUUAUACUGGAUCGACUAGAGGAUAUGGAGAAUCGGUAUCUUCUAUUCCAACGUAUGGAUCACCUGGCGUGCAUGUUGGUUUAGUGUCUCCAGGUACAAUUGUGGAAGAAGGUAGGACAGGAUAUACUGCAGGCAAAACAAGUACUGGACAUACCAUAUCUACUGGAUAUUCUACUGGAGGAAUAGCUAAUACUGGCUCAGUCGGAGGAAUUGGUUCAGGUUAUUCUGGAGGACAGUAUUCUGGAACUGUCAGUGGAAGUCAUUUGACAAAUGAUGGCACAAUUUAUUCAGGAACAUAUAGGCCAAGUUAUACUAGUUCAGUAGCGGGAGGAUAUACAGGAAGUACAAGUAAUCCGAUAGCAGAAGGAGAAACUUACUCUAAGACAUCGGGAACGAACUAUUUUGGACCCACAGGGUUGCCUGGAUCUACUGGUGUUCAUAUAAGUUCUCUUGGUCCCAAAUAUGGUGAGCCAACGAGUUUACAUACAGGAUUUGGCGCAACUCAUGCUGGUGGCUAUUCUUCUACCGAUGUUUAUUCAGGAACAGGCCAUGGAACAGGUCAUCAAACAUCAUCCGUUGAAGUCGGUCCCUCAUUUGGAACUGUAUCUAGACCAUCUUAUUCUCGACCUAUUGGUGGCAUCGAUAUCACGGGAUCGACUGAUAGAGGAUACACGGGAUCAACUGCAGGAAUAUAUGGACAAUCGACCGGUGCAGGAUAUUCAAAAACUACUGACAGAAUUAGUGCUGGUUUUACCGGAACAGGAUUAAAUGUGCCAAGUUACACAAGUUCAGGACGAAUUCCAGAAAUUGAUUUCACUUCAGGAAUUUCUACUUUCUCUGGACAUGGUGUUACUUCCGCUGAUAAUGGCUAUUUCAUAAAUGGUAAUAUACCGCCUUCUGGAGCAACAGGUAUUUCUUCAACAGGAAUAAGAUAUGAAAAUAAAGAAGGAUACACGGUUCCUGUAUUUGUACACCAACAACCGAUUUAUCCUUCAGUUGGAACAACAGCAGUCGAUGUGAAGGGCCAUACAGGAACGACUAGUACAAGUAUCAAUGUAGCCGGUGAUUACGGAAGAAAUGAUUUAGCAAGACCUAAUUUAAAUAUCAGUAUUUUUGGUCAUGAAAUUCCUGAUUAUGACGUUCAGAAAGGUUCUACUGGUACAAUCCUGACUGGGAGUAGCAUAGAAGGCAGUAUCCAUACCGGUAACUCCUUUUCAGGGACUGUUUUCAGUCAUGGAAACAUUCCUGGUGCAGUAUCAACUCCUACAAUUAGUCAAGGCAGUAUCUUAACCGGAGGAGCUCAACCGGGCUAUAUCACUACUUCUUCUGGAACACCGGGAUAUGUGAUCAGAGAUGGAAUAAAGACUGUAAAUGUUGAAUCUGGUAGUUCAGGAACUUUAAUCUAUGGAACACUAACACCGCCUAUUUCAUUGACUGGUCCUUCAACAUCUGGCAUCGUUCUAAAGGGUGAUGCUAUUCCAAGUGUCGUUUUCUCUGGACAAACAGCUCCUGGAGUAUCUAUAGGAGGCUCUAUUCAACCAGGUACCAUCCAGAGUUCAACCGGUAAACCGUAUGUUUCGCAACCAGGAAGUUAUUACGGAAUCAGUGGUAGUAGUGCCGAUACAAAAGGAUCAGUGACAUAUUCAAGCAGUACCCUGCACGGAGAUCUGACACCUACAACUCCUCAUAGCUACAAAGCCGACGAGGAACAUGACACUCUUAAGUUCAAUACCGCUUACGAUAUCAACAGAUAUUCAGAAAAUGAUAUUCCGGACUAUAGACCAACCAGCGCUAUUCUUCCUGAUUCUAUUGUACCUGCAGGUAAACUAGAAACCUUCGGUAAUGUCAACAUUCAUGGUUCUACUUUAACUGGCGUCCAAGACUCGUCUACUGUUGCACCAGGAUAUUCAUCUACCAAAUCAUCUGUUUUUACACCAAGUGGAUUUACAAAGACUGGUCCAACUAGAACAGGUAUAACCACUGCUAUCCUCGGAGGCGGUGGUAGUUAUUCAGUAAGUACAAGUGAACGUCAACCUAUCUUGAAUCCUGAUAAUAUCAGCGAAAAAGCGUUUGAAGGUAACGUUGGGUAUACUAAGACGUCGUCUGGCUACUAUUCGUCGACUCUUGCACCAAUUGCUCGCAUCACUCCACAGUCAGGUACUUCCGGCUACUCAUAUCCCAAGCCAACUAUUCCAUUUGAAACUGGUGCAACGUUCUCCUCAACGCCAAUUACACCAAUCAAAACUUAUUUACCGGUUACGGCGCCAACGCCAUUCUUAAAUGUCGAAGUGCGUAAUGGAUCGCUGGAUAAUACUAAUGUAUUUGGAUCAAAAAUAUUUACAACACCAGGUUAUCGUGGCUCAUCAACGCCAACAUCUAUAAUUUAUACCACUGAGUAUCCAGACACUUAUAAAACGACUCUUUUCGAAGCAGCUAAAAUUCCAGUAUCGACUGUCAGACCUAUUAUCGAUACUGGUUACAAGACAGUAAUUGCUCCAACGAACAUUCCGUUUUCCACAUUGACUGAUAAUGGAUUUACGCAACGAACUGGUGGCUUACAAGGCCAGACUGUGACCACGUCUAACAUCGGUUUACCUUUCCAACGGACCGAUUCGAAUGGUCAAAAAGACUAUAGUUCUUUCACUUCACCAUCUCCAUCUUUGGGAUAUCUCCCUCCAAAAUCGAGCCAACCUGAUACAAUUGCGUCUACCGUAAAAUACGACGGCCCUAGGGUAACCGUGCGACCAGAUAUUGUCGGAGUAACUUACAAGAAACCUUACGAAGGCCCUUCCUCCGUCAUAUCACCUACUACGUUCAGACCUUCCAGCGGAUAUUAUGCCGGUCAAGGAUUUACGACGCCAUCUCUUGUAGGAACAACUCCUGGCGGUGGUUCCCCGACAAACCUGGAUAUUUCAAGAGACAAGAUUGAUAAAUUAAUUACCAAUUACGACAGGGGUACUGUCAAGUAUACGACAAACGUAUAUGAUAACUUAGCAAGCUCAAGAUUUGGUUCGACCUCAACUAAGAUAACAUCAACUGGUCCUACAACAUAUGAGGUUACCACAAAGUCUCCUGAAGGCAAGGGCAAAGUCAUCGUCAAGUGGAGUGACCUUCAUCCGCUUCUCUUAGGCAAGCUUGGAGCGGAAUGCACAUGCAAAGCUGAUCCCUUCGGCACUCUUCGUGGUCCGAUAAGAAAGUUGAUAGAUUCUUCAAGAGGCAAGGUGGACCUGACCAAUUACGACGAGUCCAAUAUUUACGUCGAUCUUGAAAAGGAUGGAUCUUAUGAAGAAGGUGAUUAUACUAACAAUUAUGACGAUUCGCAGCCUUAUAAAAUUAGUCCGCAUGAGACGACGAGCGUCACGACAAACUCGCCCAACCUGCCGUCAUCAUCUUACUUACCUGUAUCUUCAACGACCGUCAGCACAAGAGGUUUUGUUCCCGCGAUAGCUACUGGAAUAUCUGCAAAGAGUGACAACUUUAGAGGAUCUUCUAGAUUCCAGGUUGGUUUCCGAGCUGGCAAGAAGUUAGAGAACAUUAGUCCUUCGCCGAAUUCGUACGCCUCCUACGAAGAAGAAGAAGAGGAUGACCCUGAUCAGAUCAUCGAUGGUGCCACAAACUGCGCUAGGCCAGGUCUCUUUAGACAUCCUGGUCUCUGUAAUAAAUUCUAUGCUUGUUAUUGGGAUCAGUGGAAGAAGAAGUUCACCCUUCAUAUCUUUAAUUGUCCAAUUCACUUAACAUUCGAUUCGAACGCGGGCGCAUGCAAUUGGCCAAGUAAGGGUCCAGCUUGCCAAGCCGACAAUUUGCUGGUGCUGGUGCACGAUUCACUAGUUCGGUUAGGAGGUGAUAUAAAGGCGCACGGCGAUCUGACUUGGUCUGAUUUGUUUGUAACACGGAAGGAACAGCCUGUUAGCGGGAAGCCCGUUGCUGCCACACCACUUUUUACCAUCAUGGUGGUGUGGGCGGUGCUGAUAUUGGCAGCGGCCAUGUUGACUGAUGCAGCGAUACCAGAUCCACCAGAAAAUCCUGGUAUCACUACGAUCGGCUCCAAGAAAUUAGGGACUGCCGCCGAUUGCGCUGGGGUAGUGGCCUUUUCCGCCACUCAAGGCUCGGUGAACGAAGCUAAACUUGUCCUUUCCGAGACUCUAGUGGACAAAGGAGUCGGUUACGCGGCGCAAACAGGAAUCUUCACCACGCAUUGUCCAGGCCUCUAUCAAUUCAGCUUCGCCGGGUACGGUAGCACGGACUUGCGGCUGACACUGAAACGCAAACUAAAUAAAUCCGAAAGCUGGAGGUCGAUUGUCAGCAUUGGUCCAGGUGGAGGAAGCAAUCUCGUUCUGCUGGACGUCGACGCUGGUGAUCAGCUUGCAAUUUUCGUUGAAUCUGGCAAGGUCACCGAUGGAGCCACUUUCACGGGUCACCGCGUUUACAAAAGAUAGGCUGUACCAUUGAAUAAGAGUCUUUAGUAAUUUGAAGAUGACUAUCAUUAAAAAAGAAUUCAAGUUACAAACUAAAAGUGACACUAACGGUUGAAACAAAAUUGAAAUGUAUAACCAACUUUACAAAUCUAAUGCUUACUUAAAAAAGAUAAUAUUUUAAGCCAAUUAAUAGAGGAACAUAUGUCAUAGAAAAACGAAAUUAGAGAAUUUCGAAGUUCUUCACGAAUUAGCCAUCUCUCAUAGCUUUUGAUUAAUAAUUUUUCAAAUAAUAAUAUUUUUUAAGAUUCAAUAGUACACUUAUCAAUUGUUAAAUGAUUGCAAUUAUGGAACAAUUUUGCAAAAUCCAAAUAUCGUUGCGAAUAUCGAAGAUAUGUACUUAACGAUCACUCUAAGAUCUUUCUUGUGUGCUAAAACAGAGUUCCUAAUUCGCAGUUCUGAAACUUCUCGAUAAACUUAACAGUCUGUGAUAGCUACUUUUUUGUUUAAUUGUUUGUUUAAAUUUUAUUGAUUUAUUAAUUCUAUAAGUUGAUUUUGUGAUGCAUUGACACAUUAGUCUCUUGUAAGAACGUUUAAGCGAUUUACUUUUAUGACCAAACUUCUCUGGUUUUUUUUCGCUUUAUACUUUUACUCGCUUUCUUAUCUUUUUGUUUCGGAUAACUUUCUCUAAUCCAAUUCCUUGUCUAAUUAUUUCGUUACUUCCUUAUUUUCUUCGUUACGGUCAAAGAUCAACUUUCUCCGUUCAAUACUCACGAUAUUCUUUUUCUCUAUAUUUCUUUCAUUAUUUAUAUUUCUAAUACUUUCUAGUCUUUACUUCCACUACAUUACUUCCUUCAUUACUCUAUUCUGAACUCUUUAUAUACAUUUCUGUUUUCGUCAAUAUUAAUUAUCUUAUUAACUGAAAAUUGUUUGCAUUUUCUCUAUUAUUUGAUUAAUUCUAAAAUUGUCUGAAAUUUCCAUUUCUUCAUCUUUCAUGUUUCUUCUUUAUCUGUAUUUCUUUCUGUAUCUACAUUUCUCGAUCUUUAAAUCUUUUUUUCUUUUCUAUUUCUUUCAACAUACUUCAUUAUUUCAUCAAAGUUUCUAUCAAUCUGACUUCUGUCCUGAUACAUAAUUAUCUGUACUAUCUUUAAACUUUACUUUCUUCACUUUCCUGCGAUAUUCUUCAUCUUUCUUCAUUGCAAUUCUUCUCUAUGUUUCUUAAAAAAUCUAUUAAUAACUUUUGUUUUUCUUAUUCCUAAUUCUAUUCAUUGUUUCUGUUAUUACUUCUUGUCUGAAAUUUAUUUCUUCAUUUCUUUCGUCUUCAUAUCUUUCGUCUACAAAGUUAUAGGCUCUUAUCUCUUCCACUAUUUUUACUUUCUUAAGUUGCUUUUAUAUUUUCAUUCUACAAGACAUAUUUUUCUCUUUUCAAUUUUCAUUUCUAUUUUCCAUUUCUAGUCUGUACAUACCACUUAUCUGUUUCUCUUUUCAUCUUUACUUAUUCAUCUAUCUAUCUAUCUAUUCAUCUAUCUGUUUUUUUAUCUCUCUCGCUCUGUUUUGCAAUAGAUGUUACAAUCGCUUGCUAUCACAGUCGUUAAGUCAGAGAAAAGAUUUGCAAAAUUGGUGGGAAAAAAAGAAAAAAUAAAGUUACAAUAAAGAAGAGCAGUUAUCGAUAUUAGGCAAUAAUAGUGCGUGCGCGCAUCUGCAGUGAACAGUGCGGUUUAUUUUUCUGUAAUUUUAUUCAAGUUGUAAGAAAUAUUAACGACGAAUAAAUUUGUACGCAUA